GGCAUUUGUGCUCGGAGUUCUGCUGCUGGUUUUUGUUUAUAGUGAGGAAAUGGCUAGCAUGAAAAUUGGAUCCAAAACUGAUGCAUUUAAAAGGCAAGGGCAGGCUUGGUUCUGCACAACUGAACUUCCUAGUGAUAUUGUUGUUGAAGUUGGCGAAAUGUACUUUCAUCUUCACAAGUUCCCUUUACUCUCUAGAAGUGGUGUUAUGGAAAGAUUAAUUGCAGAAGCAUCUGAAGAAGGUGAACAAAAGUGUUCCAUUUGCCUUCCCGACAUUCCUGGAGGGGUCAAAACUUUUGAACUUGUGGUCAAGUUCUGCUAUGGUGUGAAACUUGAGCUCACAUCCUCGAAUGUCGUCUACCUCCGAUGUGCUGCCGAGCGUUUGGAAAUGACCGAGGAAUACGGGUAAGGCAAUCUUUUUUCCAAGACUGAAACCUUUCUUAAUCAAGUAGUCCUCCGAAAUUGGAAAGACGCUUUGAGAGCCCUUCAAACUUGUCAUGAUAUCAUCGAUUAUGCCGACGAACUGAACAUUACGAAAAGGUGUAUUGAAUCAUUGACCAUGAAGGUAACUACUGACCCCAACCUUUUUGGGUGGCCUAUAAUGGAACAUGAUGGUCCUAUGCAGAGUCCUGGUGGAAGUGCGCUGUGGAAUGGGAUUAGUACAGGGGCUAGACAGAAAAAUUUGAGUUCAGAUUGGUGGUAUGAGGAUGCAUCAACUUUAAGUUUUCCUCUCUAUAAGAGAUUGAUUGCUGCCCUGGAGUCUCGUGGUAUCGGACGGGAAGUAAUUGCCGGGUACCUUGCUUUUUAUGCAAAAAAGUAUCUACCUGGUUUGAACAAGCGCCAGGGCAACUGGAGUGCUCGUCUCACACCUGUGGCUUUAAAGGCUCAUCCAUCCGAAGAAGAUCAGAGGCUUUUGCUGGAGGAGAUUGAUAGGUUGC